UAUAAGAGAAUUUGGCUGCCGGAGUGGCGGGCAUAUCCGGGCCCGUACAAUGACGGCCAGUGAUAGCUUCAUCUCUUUGUUAACCGUUAAAAAUACCGGCGCGUUGGCCAGCUCUUCCAGAGCUUGUUGCUUUAUCAAACUUAACCGCCAAUGCUAUACCAACCGCCGUGUUAUGCUCGGAGUCCAUGGCAGCAGCAGUGGUUUUGGUAGUAGCCGUGGCAGCGCUGCCGUUGGUCGGAGUCACACUACAUGGUGCUGCCGCUUUGUUUUAUCUGGUCAUCAUAAUAAUUCUGUCUCCGAAGAGGAUGACAUCAACGCACUUCUACAAAUUCUUCCGUGCGAUUUGCGCGAAACUCUGUUGUGCGACUCUAGGCAAGAUCAGUUACUUGAGGUGAUUUUGGAUUUGGGUCGUUUACCGCAAGCACAGUACUUAGGUGAUUUUAGCAGGCAGGAUUUGAGAAGCACAGAGGUAUCAACAGAAGAGCUGGAGUAUGUUCAAAAUGCAAUUGGACAAUUUGGAGGUGACAACAGAGCUGGAAUUGAGGGUACCUUGCACAGGAUCUCUGCUAUUAAGAGUAGGAAGGGGGAAAUUAUUGGGUUGACUUGCAGAAUUGGUAGGGCAGUCAGAGGUCAGAUUGACAUGGUCAGAGAUUUGCUUCAUUUUGGUGAAAGCAUCUUAUUUCUUGGAAGGCCUGGUGUCGGCAAAACUACAGUCAUGAGAGAGUUAUCUCGUGUCUUGUCAGAUGAGCUUCACAAAAGAGUGGUUAUUGUUGACACCAGCAAUGAAAUAGGAGGUGAGGGGGAUAUUCCACAUCCAGCAAUAGGGGGCGCAAGAAGACUGCAGGUUAAAGAUCCAUCCUUGCAGCAUCAAGUCAUGAUAGAAGCCGUUGAGAAUCAUAUGCCUCAGGUGAUAGUUAUUGAUGAGAUUAGCACAGAAGCUGAAGUUCAUGCAUGCCGUACAAUUGCUGAGAGAGGAGUUAUGCUCAUUGGUACAGCUCAUGGAAAGCGACUCGAGAAUAUCAUUAAAAAUCCAACUCUAUCUAAAUUGAUUGGAGGAAUAGAAUCUGUAACCAUCAGUGAUCAGGAAGCUCGAACUAGAAAGAGCAGGAAAAGUGUUCUUGAGAGGAAAGCUCCACCAGCAUUUCCCUUUCUCAUUGAAAUAAGGGAGAGGCAGUACUGGGUUGCACAUCGGACUGAGAAAAGUGUGGAUGCUUUGCUUUGUGGCAAAAAGCCGAUGGUUGAGGUUAGGAAGAGAGAUAAUCAAUUCAAUGUGGUGAUUGAGAGAUGGAAAAUAGAUGAUUGAAUCUGUUGUUUGCUCAUUGCUUCUUGAAAUAGCCAGAUAACUGGAUUGGUUAUGAGGUCUCAUACUCGUUCCAUUGAAUUGUCUGGUAUGUAUUACAAUUUACAUCCUACAGAGUAUCAUAUUAUCAUACAUUAUGUGGUCUCAUAGAAUAUGAGCUAGAAGUGGAAUAUUCGGCUCAGAAAUAGAUGUUUGUUAGAAAAUUGUUGUAGUGCAGCUACUAUUAAUGUCGUCUGUAUGCUCAGAGAUAGAUGUAUAAAGCAACGAAUAAAGAGAGAGUUAUUGUGUCGUGUUUAGAAAUACUGCCUUAACAGCAAUUUCUCGGGGACGGUGUAGUUGUAUAAACAGGUAUUGCUCCCCAAUGUUAAGAGUGUUAUGGUUACAUUCA